CUGUUCCAAGAGCAGAGGAACGUUUUACAAUGUUGGCCCAAAAGGUGGUCUUGAGGACUUAUUACCUAACCAUAUGUCAUCCAGAGGACCAAGGUGGCUAUGGUUCUGGGUUGAUGCAAGGCUACUGCAGGGAGAAUGGAUACCUGGGAGUCUCAGGCCCUAGGAACGUAGUUGUGUCCCUCUCUGCUCUGCCUCCCUGCCUUCUGGGAGUCUGGGGGUGCCUGCAAUUGAGAAUUUCGCCCCCGCUCACAGCUCUCCACCCUCACCCACUGUGGACACGUUGCCAUGAGAACCCUUCAGAGGCAGGCAGACAUUAUCACUGCUAGUGACGUUGGAGGUGGAGCAUACUGCUGUGCCUACUGUGGGCCAAGACUGAGUACUUUUCUAGGACUUGUGGGGGUGACAUAAGAGGGGCUUCCCUUGCUCUUCUGCUAGGGAGCUGUGCUCACAGGACAAUUGAUAACCGAGCAGGCACUAUGGGACAAACAUUAUCUGGCCCCUUAGCUCUCAGGCUUUGCAUUCCUGAUAGAAAGGGUCUGCAGGUAAAUUACCCCCAUGACUGCCCAAUAAGCAGUAGCACGGGAAUUUUGCCAGGUCUGGUGCCUAACUAGACAGGUCUGACAUCUGUGGCCCACCAUCUACCAAGCUAGGACGCUGAAAGGCCCAGUGCCUCUGGCAAGGGGCACACAGGGCCAGAAUGAGGAUGUGGGUUAUGGGUGCACCUCCUCAUGAAGACCUUCCCCAACAGAAGCAGCUGGUGGCCACCCAGGCUAUCUUGGACACUGGAAGUUGCAGAUACACUCAGGCUGAAAAAGCCAUCUGGCUCCCGGGCACCUGCGGAGAUUUUGGCGUCUUCACAGCCAAAGAGGACAGUUCCUGAGGAGAGGCCAAUGGGGCAGGGAAAUGCUCAUCUGCUCCCACCUGGGUCCAACACAGACAUGUAUUCUGGAAACGUCCCCAAAUCCAGUUUCUCUGCAGACAAGCCAAAGCUUCUGGCUCCUUACAGAGCCCUGCCUGGAAUCCUUCUGGCAGGCUUCUCGGUGCAAGGGACUUCCCGUUCAGACCGAAAGAUUUUUGCUUUGGGGAUGCUAUACGUUACCCUUCACUCUACACAGCCCAAAUGAGAGAGCUAGGGCAUCUGUAGUCACACUACACCUCCCGCAUUGUAAACGCGGCCCCUUUAAGUGCCAUUCUAUUGGUCGCCACUAGGGGCAGCACCGAGCUACCAGGCCAGGAUCACAGCUGCUGCCUCCAAGCUUCUGCUGGUACCGGGUAUAUGUAUGUGUGUAUAUAUAUACAUAUAUAGCGGGGCCAGGUACACACUGGAACCGACUUGGGUUAUGCAGCCUACUCGGGCUCGGCUCGUGGAAUAAUCACCAGGCACCAGAGGGCAGUAGUGCUGAGAUCACGUUCCGCUUUGAUCUACCCAAGCCUGCCCAACGGACCCUAGCACAGAGAGAGAAAUGCCUGGCAGGUUCAACUCAGGAGUUCCCUCUGCGGGGACAAAAAAGGUCCACAGUAGACUAAAUUCUCCUGGCCCGUCUACCCGACAUGGACUGUGAGGUUUCUCCUGCAUGUACUUCUGAUAUAGGCAUGGAGUCAGCACCAGAAGCCUUGACCAAGACCUGCAGCCAAGGCUGCUCCAUCCCCUAUGCCCCAGGACGAAAUCCCCAAAAGGCCGAGUGACUGGAGCUGCCAGCCUGGGGACGUCUUUUAAGAUGACCCGCACGGACCCGCCGGACUUGCUGGUGUCGACCGUGUACCAGGACAUCAAGGUGGUGGACCCAGGGCUCACGUCCAAACGCCAGCCAUGUGAGCGAUCCGCGACCCGGCCUGCUGUGCCCACGCCUUUCAACAAGCGCCACUGCCGUAGUUUUGACUUCUUAGAGGCCUUGGACGAGCCCACCAUGGAGACACACCCAGAGCCGCCACCUCCUGAACCUGCGCCACCUCGCGCUCGGCCCAGAGACAGCGAGCCUCGGCGCCGCACCCGUUCCAAGAGCGCGCCCCGUGCGCCCCAAGGCCUGGCGACUGCUCCGGCUUCACCGCCCGUACUGCAACGCAGAGGCCGGGAAGCCCAGCGUGCGGUGCGGUUGGAGGGGUCGCCGCGCCGGGAGCCCUCGUAUCCUGCGCUACGAGCUCUCGCUAAUGAGCUGCACCCCAUCAAGCUCCAGCCACAGCGGGGAGGCCCCGGACGCAUCGCGCCUCUAUGCGCCACUCCAGGCCGCUGCGCACCACCAGAACCACCCGCUGGGCCUGUCCCCCAUGUCCGCUGCCGUUUGGACAUCAAGCCGGACGAGGCAGUGCUGCAACAUGCCGUUCGAAGUUCGCGAUCCUGCGCACCUAGAGAGACGACGUCCUGGGCUCGCACAGCCCCACAGUUCCAUGGCCUCACAGUUCCGGGUCCUCGACACGUGGCCCUGUCACGCACUCCCACUCCCAGUGACUUGUACUGUACUGACCCCAGAGCACUGUACUGCGAUGGGCCGCUGCCUGGGCCCCGGGACUACUUGGAGCACCGCAGUCAACCCUUCACAACGCCUCCAGGUCCCACCCAAUUUUUCUACACCGAGGAGCCCGAGGGAUAUGCAGGCAGCUUUACCGCAAGCCCCGGCUUUCCCUUUGAUGGCUACUGUUCCAGGCCCUACUUGUCCGAAGAACCCCCUAGACCCAGUCCAAGGCGUGGGGGCAGCUACUAUGCUGGCGAAGUACGCACCUUCCCGAUCCAGGAGCCCCCCUCCCGCUCCUACUACGGGGAGACAACUCGAGCCUACGGUCUGCCUUUCGUUCCCCGGUAUGUCCCAGAAGAGCCCCGGGCACACCCCGGAGCCCGCACCUUCUACACAGAGGACUUUGGGAGGUACCAUGAUCGCGAUGCACUGGCUCGGACUUACCCGCACCCGCGCAACAGCCCAGCCUGGGCUGACUGGGGUCCGAGGCCUUACCGCACCCUUCAGGUGAUGCCGCCUGCCGCCCCUGGACCACUGUUGGCCUCGUGGCACGGCGGUACCGGCACAAGCCCACCCCGGCUGGCCACCGAUAGACGCCACUACUCCCGAUCCUGGGACAACAUCCUAGCUCCUGGUCCUCGUCGUGAAGACCCUCUAGGACGCGGCCGCAGCUAUGAGAACCUCCUGGGACGCGAGGUUCGGGAGACGCGGGGUUCAUCCCCUGAAGGACGGCGUCCACCAGUCGUAGUGAAUCUGUCCACCUCACCCAGACGCUAUGCAGCACUGUCGCUGUCCGAGACGUCGCUGACCGAGAAGGGCCGUGCGGGAGAGAGCCUGGGCCGCAACUGGUACGUCACGCCGGAGAUCACCAUUACAGACAACGACCUGCGGUCAGUGGAGCGCCCGACAGCCAGGGGCUGGGAAUUGCCCGGAGGCCGACCACGGCAGCCCGCACCCACGGUCCCUGAGGGUCCUGCUUCUAGCCGCCAGCGCAGCCUCGAACAGCUGGACGAGCUCAUCACCGACCUGGUCAUCGACUCAAGGUCGCCAGCCCAGGCCCCGGAGCCUGCCGCCGAAGGUUUAGGCCGUCAACUCCGCCGCCUGCUGGACUCACGGCCUGCGGGCCCUGGAGGAGCCACCGCGCUGGCGCCGUCGCGCUCGCCCCCGGCCUCGGCUGGCAGCACCGAAGAGCCCGCCGGCUCGGGGGAGGCAGCCGACGCCUCCCCUGAGCCCAGCGCGGACGAGGAUGACUUGAUGACCUGCUCCAAUGCGCGCUGCCGGCGGACAGAGACCAUGUUCAACGCCUGCCUCUACUUCAAGUCUUGCCACAGCUGCUAUACCUACUACUGCUCCCGUCUGUGCCGCCGAGAGGACUGGGACGCGCACAAGGCGCGCUGCGUGUACGGCCGCGUGGGCAGCGUGUGCCGCCACGUGCUGCAGUUCUGCCGCGACAGCAGCCCAGUGCAUCGCGCCUUCUCGCGCAUAGCGCGCGUCGGAUUCCUGUCGCGAGGCCGCGGCGUGCUGUUCUUGGGCUUCCCGAGCCCAGGCUCUGCUGACAACUUCCUCCGCUUCGGCCUCGAGGGGCUGCUGCUGUCGCCCACCUACCUGUCGCUGCGUGAGCUGGCUACACAUGCGGCGCCCCUGGGGAGCUAUGCACGAGAGCUGGCGGCCGCCGGGAGGCUCUACGAGCCGGCGGAGUGCUUCCUGCUUAGCGUGUCCGUGGCCGUGGGCCCCGGCGCUGCACCCCCCGGAGCCGCUGCCCGGCCCGCGCCGCGCAGUCCUGGGCCCACGGUGCGCAAGUUCGCCAAGGUGGCCCUGGCGGCUGGCAGCCCGACGCGGCCACCUCCUGCGCGUGGCGGAGAGCCAGAUAUGGAGACGUUGAUCCUGACACCACCCCCAGGCACUGCGGGCCUGGACGAAGAGGGUGAGGCCGGCCGGCGCGCGCGUGAAGUAGCCUUCAUCCACAUCCAACGGGAGCUGCGACUGCGCGGCGUCUUCCUCCGCCACGAAUUCCCACGUGUCUACGAGCAGCUCUGUGAGUUUGUGGAGGCUAACCGGCGCUUCACACCCACAACUAUCUAUCCUACGGAUCGGCGCACUGGCCGCCCCUUCAUGUGCAUGAUCAUGGCUGCUUCCGAGCCGCGUGCACUAGAUUGGGUAGCCAGCGCCAACCUGCUGGACGACAUCAUGUGAACCAUGGGACUAUUAGGCCCAGCCCCGGAUCCCGAGCCCUGCCUUCUCUACUCAGGCCCUGCCUGAUCCAUCACGACCGCCCCCCAGAGUCUGGACCAGUUGGUUCGGAGCCUCCCAAGUCCCCUGGGCCUCCUCUAGUCGUCUACAAAUUCUCGACCCUGAGCUCCACCCACUCCACGCCUCUAACUUUGCUUAGGAGCCCCCAACCCUACCCCUGUCCCGUUUCCAACCAGCUGCUUCUCUUCCUUUCUGUUCCUAACUGGACUACC